UCAAACGAAUAUAAAUGGCUUCCCUAUUUUUGUCAACUACAGCCCACGCGACAGAGGUUAUGUUCGUCGUAUCAUGGAAUUGAUGAAGAGCACUUUGGGAUUAAGGAUGUUUGAUCCUGAUGUAGAUCUGGUACCAGGAGAGCCGAUUGUCAGAAAUAUCAUUGAGAAUGGACUCGACAAAACGAAGGCAUCGGUUCUGUUUGUUAGUAAAAACUUUCUCAGAAGUGGACUUUGUCAGUUUAUCUUAGAUAAUGCACUCUGGAUGUACAUGAUUACAAAAGGCAAAUAUCGAGUCAUUCCAAUCGUUCUCGACAAAUGUAAAAUUCCUCGGUGUAUGAGAGUCUUGAAUUGUAUUUAUUGUUGGAAAUAUCAGCAGAAAAUGCGGAAGGAUGACAUAUCGGUAUACGAAUGCCUGAUACAGUUGAUAAAUAGAUUUGUGAAGGCACUAAAAGGUCCUCGUCUAACAUUCCGUAGAAUCCAGCUGAGAGGUGUUAAACCUUACAAUGAUGGAACAAGAAUUCUCCGGCGUCUUCGAAAUAUUAUGAAAAGGGAUCGUAUUCUUGGAGAGAAAAAGGAUUCCAGCCCACUUCUUGGUUUUCUAAGGCUUGUAAAUGUUAUCAAACAUUGUAUACUGACUUGCAAAUAUGGAGAUUGUUCUUUUUCCUGCAGCGGAGAAAACUUCAGAAAACUUGAAAAGCAUCUUCAAGAGUGUUGGUAUUUACCAAUACAAUGUCCAAACAGAAAGUGUCCCUUUACAUCCAGAAGAAAUGUCAUGAAGAAGCAUUUAGAGGAAUGCGAAUUUUCUAUCCAAAAAUGUCCUGUUGAAAAUUGUACAAUUAAGAUGCAGCGACAUAAAAUGGCUUCACAUAUACGUGUGUGUCCAAACAGACUAGUUUCUUGUGAAAACGAAUCCUAUGGAUGUACGGCCGUUGUACCUUUCAAAGACCAUAAGAAACAUCUUUCAGGCUGUCCCUGGGCGCCUCAACAUUGUGAAGAUUGUGGUGGAAUGUACUUACAAAAAGACCAGCAGAGGCAUGAUUGUCCAUUUGCCAUCAAAGAAUGUCCACACUGUGAAAAAUUAUUUGCAAGGAAGGAUUUGUUCAAACAUCUUCAGCUAUGUUUUUCGGAGUGCAAAAGUUGCAACGAAUGUUUUUCAAAAUCAAAGUUAAGGUAUCAUUUAUGUCCCAUAAUCAAAUGCCGAUAUCAGUAUUGUGACUAUAAAGACACACGGUUAAGGGUUGAAAUUCACAUGCUAAAUUGUCAGUAUAGGCCGGUUGAAUGUAAUCGUUGCAAGAAAUUCUUUCCGUGGAAAUCUUUUAAAAUGCACCAAACAGAAUGUGAGAAAAUUAUUGAAUGCAAGGAAUGCGGAAUCCAAAUUUACAGGGAUUCGCAGCUGACACAUGAUCUUAUGAUGUGUACAGCAAAGAGGAAUCGGUAUUCGUGCAGAUUUUGUGAAAGAUUAAUUAAGGAAGGAGUAAUUAAAAACGCUUACCAGUUAGAACAGCAUCAUAAUAUGCACGAUCCUUGGCAACACAAGAAAAUGUUCAAUAAAGAUUCACCGCUUUUACAAAAUGAAGAAUUGAUUGACAAAGAAUCAGCUGAG